GAACAUCUCUGGUGUGAGGCUGGCUUUUCCAUACCAGCUGCUACCACCAAAAGUAUAUUUUUUCGCACCUGAAGCCCCACCAGGUCGCGGUUCUCAGACUUCUAAACUCAACUUUUUCUCACACGCGACGCACUAUGAGAACCAGAAGGUCGAAUCGCACAAAACAAUAUACUCUUGACAAGUACGACUUUCUUAGCUCAGGAGACGAGAAAAGCCAGACUCAAAAGCGUCGCAAAACUGCCGAUGAGAAUGACGACAAUUUCGAAGCGCCCGCGGAGGAGCGGAGCGCUGCAGAGGACGAGGACGAAGAUGAGGAUGAAGAGGAUGUACAGAUGAACGACAGCGCCAGCGAAGUCAAUGUGAGAGAGAGACCUUCUCGCCAGCGCCCCAAGCAAACAAAACCCCCCAAGCUCUCCGAUCCUGGUGAAAUGAAAGUGACGGGAUAUCUGGACAUUGAGCUCAUCCCCCCAGAAGGCCAGCACAAGGGAUAUGUUGGGCCGUACGAGAGAGGGAUGCGCGGCAAGGCUCUAGUGAGGACCUUGUAUGGGCCCCGGCCCGAGCGCAUAGAGAUGGCUCACAUGCUGCUGGAGCGAUGGAGCGGAUGGACGUUGUACCCGCCAAAGGUGCCGCAAGACGAAGAUGAACCGACUGACAAGGGGUUUUGGAUUCCGGGUGGCUUUGAGAAGGAGGCCCGUCUUGCCAAGCAAUGGUAUGAGCAAGUGAGCAAGGGCCUGCCACCUAAUGAGGUGUGGUCAGAAUUACCUCCCGAAGAGUCUGAAAUGUACCGAUUUCCGCAGUUGAGCAUGCCUGUUUUGACAGGACCGCCUGAAACGCAGCAGGAAGUGCGAAUGGAACCAGGAACCAGCUGCUCCCUAUCACAAAGCAAUAUACCGUUUGAUCAGGAUGAGGAUGAUGAAAAGAUAGAAUGCGGAUGGAUGCUGGAUGUUGGCGGCCUUGUCUUGGGCAUGGAUUGGGCGCCUCGGCGAGACAAGAACCCAAAACAGCUGCUUGCCCUGGCGAUUAUACCCCAAUCCGACCAAGACUUCUACAAUUACGAGGAAGAAUCUGUGAGGCCCGGAUUCCAGCAGCAGGGUAUUAUCCAGAUUUGGGAGUUUAAGAGCACCAAGACAGAUGAGGAAUUCAUUCGCACAUCAAAAGAACCCGCUACACUGCGAAAGACUCUGUGCUUGGACUACGGAAGGGCUAGAAGGGUUAGAUGGAGCCCGUCGUGCAAUCACAUUGCGGUCCUCUCGAGCGAUGGAAAUGUCUAUGUUGCGGAUGCUGGGGAUCUUGACAGCGAAGAGGAGGGAGCCUACUACAAACUUCAGAAGCCGUUUGCAGUGCUCAACUUGAUUGAUGAGUACAGCAUAAAAGCUACUGCAAUAGCGUGGGUCAAUUGCAAUCGAAUAGCCGUCGGCUACUCGGAUGGGUCGAUUGCUCUGUGGUCGGUAUAUCCUCAGCGUAUCUUAUCUAGGCACCCAGUCCAUCACAGCGACAUCAUCGAUAUGGUGUCCGGAUACCCAACAUUACCAAAUAUCAUCGCUUCAAUCCCAGUGGGCGGCACUGCCAGAGUCAUUGAUCUCCAGGCCCCGAGCUACGAAACUACCGAAGCCCAAAGACCGCUGGUACAUACACAACCAGGUCUCUUGGCAUACAGUGAUCAUCUUCUUGGUUUCUUAUCCAUAUAUCCGUCUGCUAGUGCGCUAAAUACCAUUAUUGGAUUUUUGCAUCAUGCGCAUUUCCCUGUCUGCCGGCGGGUGUUUACUGGGGAUAGCUUUCUCACAUGCCUAGCUGUCGGGCGACUUCACCCUUUUCUGCUCAUCGGUGCAACAGAUGGGUCUCUAUGGUGUCUCAACGCACAAACCGAAGUUUUCAGCAACCGGCACGAAUCAACGGACAAGGUACGAGUUUUCCAACAUGAGCACCGGCCGGGAUAUCUGUUUCCUCCGGACUCACCAGCAGCGGUUCGGGGCGUCUGUCGUGUCUUGCAUGGCUUUGCAGUAGACAAGAACAGAAACUCAAAACCAGAGGCAAAACCAAGCGCGAAGAAGGGCAAGAAAUUACGGGCCAAGGAGCCUGCCGAGGGUGCAGGAGAGGAGGGCGAAGGCGAAGAGGACGAUGACGAAGCUGGCGAUUUGACUGACCCAUUUCGCGCCACUCUACACGAAGCACUGACGAGAAUCACUGCCAUUGAGUGGAAUCCUAACCAGGACCAUGGAUCUUGGGCGGCGGUAGCCAUGGGUUCGGGACUUGUACGAGUAAUUGAUUUAGGGCUGGAGAAAUACCCCGAGGGAACGGCGUAAUUAUCAAGUGGAAUCUCGGCGCAAAUGCCAUGUCUAUAAAUAUAUGUGCCAGUAGUACUAUGUUCCAAAACUUUCUUUACAAAUUUUUUUCUCCUUCACCUACAAACACUGGGAACCCAUGCCCGCGUGAUGGUGAUCAAACGCCUUUGCCAUGCCGUAGAAGUGUGUUGCCGCCGCAAAGAGGACAAACAUGUGGAAUAUCUGAUGGGAGCUGCCCCAGAUGUCAAAAGCUCCAGGAUAGACUCUCUCAGGCCAGCGAGCCGCAUAAAGAACUGCGCCGAAUAUGUACAGGAGGCCCUGCAAUACGACCCAGCUGAGGCUCAUUUU